AUGGCAGGACAGCGUCUAGGUCUAGCUCGCAAAUCUUCGUCCAUAUUUGUAACGGGGAUUGGCGCUUCUCAGGGUGGCCGCUUUAGAGCCGAAACGACGUUAUUGCUUUCUUCGCGACAUUCAAGUGAAUGCUACCCCAUCAACGCAUUAAUUUUACAAAAGAUUACGGGCGAUUUGCCUUCGCAGAGUUUAAGCGUUCCUGAAUGGUCUCACAUCAAGGGACUGUUCUUAGCUGACCCGCACUUCAUGGAACCCGGCCGUGUAGACAUCUUAGUGGGCAUGGACUAUAUGGAUCGCCUCAUUUUAACUGAGCUGCGUAAAGGCCCACCUGGCCCGCCAAAAAUACAGAAAACAGUCUUUGGCUGGACGUUGUGUGGAAACGUAGAUACAUCCGUUCCACCCGCAAACCAUAUACAAUCGUUACACUGUGAUGUACAUUUAGAUAGAGCAUUGGCUAGAUUGUGGGAACUUGAAAAAGCGCCGGAAACACGAUAUCUUACCCACGAGGAACGGUACUGCGAAGAACAUUUUGAAUCAACUCAUAUUAGGAAGCCGGACGGACGCUUUGUAGUGGAGUUGCCACUGAAGGUCGACGUGCCAUUAGGUGACUCAAGGAGUCUCGCCGUACGAAACUUAUUACGUAUGGAGCGCAGAUUUGCCGGCGAUCAGGAUCUGUGGACACGCUAUAACGAAUUCAUGCAGAAAUUAAUUGAAAUGGGUCAUAUGGAGGUCGUGCCUGAAACGAAAUAUGCGAAAUAUUAUAUGCCACACCAUGCUGUUGUAAAGGAGUGCAGCGUCACGACAAAAUUGCGAGUUGUGUUUAACGCGUCUGCUAAAACCACAACGGAGAAUUCCUUCAACGAUGUGCUUUAUGUUGGUCCUCAAUUACAAGAAGACUUGUACUCCAUACUUUUGCGGUUUAAAAUACACAAAUACGCAGUAACUGCAGACGUUGCACAAAUGUAUCGACAAAUCUGUGUUUCAGCUAAACAUGUCGACUUACAUCGAAUUGUUUGGCGCUCUAACACAUCUCUACCCAUUACAGAUUACCGUAUGUUACGCGUAACUUAUGGAGUUGCGUCCGCCUCGCAUUUGGCUGUCAAAUCGAUGCAAAAAACCGCGAAACAAUCUCCUAAUACUUUUCAGAAAGCAGUCGACGUAAUUCUUAAGAACUUUUACAUGGACGAUCUUUUCACUGGUGCGUCUAGCAAGUCGGAACUUAAAGCAUUGCAGCGAAAUGUGUCCGAUAUUCUACGGGAAGGUGGGUUCGAGUUAAUAAAAUGGACGUCAAAUUGUACAGAGCUAAAUGAGACUAUCGCUAGAGAAUCCAAGAACAUAUCGCACUACACCGUAGAUGGCAACAAUGUAUUAUUACAUUUUCCAUUUCUCUAG